AAAGUUAAGCGAACGAGACGGGACCAGAGCGCGCAUUGAACGGCGAGUGUUGCGCUGCACAACAGUGAAGAAGUGAACCGAACACAUCAGAAAACAUGUUGCAAAGGACACGUCAACAUAAACAAAACUUCGCUUACCAGCGAUUCCCACAUAUGCGUGGGGUCCGCUGAUCUUUCCCUCAUCUUUUUUUUUUCUUUUUGAGCGCCUACAAGCCACCGAAUCUAAAGAGAGAGAGAGAGAAUGAACUUUUAUAACAAGAAGGAUGGCUCUGUGGCCUAGUAGGUAGCACUUCCGGUGCGCUCCGCAGCCACCCGUGCCGCUACCAGCGAGCGACCCAAGGCGAGGAGAAAGAAGAGCCAGGGGCGGCCUCGUGCGGGCAAGAGGCGUGCAGGCUCGUUCCUCGAGACUCUCGAGCUCGCCGAGCUAGCCGCCCGUCUUCGGCAGCAGUGGUCCCGGCGGCGUUCCACUGCGCGGACCUUCGCCAUGACUGAGGCAGCGCCUUCUCAAACGGGGGAGCCCUCGGCCGCGCCAUCCUAGGAGCCGCUGCUGGCGGCGAAGGCUCCAACAUGAUGCUCAUAAUCGGUGCCAUCAUAUUGAUUCUCGUCUUGGGCGCCGCUGCUAUUUUCGUGGUCCUCUCGGGGAAAAGCUCCGGUGGUUCUACAGAUGCAACCGAAGCCACUAAACAAUCUGGUGAAAUUGGCGGCGGCCACGGUACCAAGAACAAAACCAAGGAUGACCCUGCACCACCAACACCAGCGGAAAGUGCAGGAUACCAUGGCGUUAGCCUCGGUGCUUUCAAGGAGACGGUCCACAAUGUGAUGGGAAACGUUUACGUAGCUGACGAGCAGACGAUACACAUAAUGCAGUUCUCCUACGAUGGAAAAGGUCCCGAUGCCUUCUUCGCGGUCUCAAAGGAAGAUAAGCUGGGUGGUACACAAGAAAAACUUAAAGACGAGAAGGACCAGGAGGUCAAACUGGGCACGUACGACAACGCCGACAUCAUGAUCAAGCUAGGCGACAGUAUAGCGGGCUACAAGUCUUUCGGCGUGUACUGCUUCCAGGCUUCUGCAAGCUUCGGUUAUGUAAGCAUACCACCAGGUAUUCAGGUGAAGGAAAUGGAUUUGAACGUGGAUGGAAAAAGCGCAGAUGAGGAGAUAAAGGUCACUCUCACGAACCAAAAAACCAUGAAAGUCUCAAUAAAAACCAACGCAGCAGACGUGCCCGAGAUUUAUGUCCAUGGCAGCAACGACAUACCCCCAAAGAAGGAUGACCCCAAGCUCAGGCCAGAGAAGCUGGAAGUUGGAACCGCCGACGCCGAGGAGAAUGAGGUGGUCCUCUCCGAUAAAGAUUGGACGGCACACAAGUCGGUCGGGUUCUUCGAUCAGUCAGGCGAGCUAAAAGGCUACGUGACAAUACCCGCUCAAUUGAAAGUUCCUUAUGUCAAGUCAUCAACCAGACGGCGCGCUAUCAAGGGGCGCCAUGCUGCAGGCACACUGGCCGUCAAGGCUGCACCGAGAAAGGCUAGGCUUCUCGUGUGCUCUUACGGCGAGUCUGGGGUGGUGAAAACCAUGGUGCCCUCGGACGGCUUGUGCGAUGUCGUUUUCUACACGGAUGUAACCUACGACGGCGAUGCUGAAGCCAUCGUUCCCAAGGACGGAGGUCCGGCAUUUGACGUGCUCAAGUCCGCCGCCAAGAAGUACACAAGGACAUCGUUCGGCACAUCCAUGGCUACUGGGGCCAUCGCGGAUGCUACGAAGGAGAAGAAAUCUGAAUUGAUGGCCGCCAUGGCAGACCUGUUCAGCGCCAAGAUGCUCCACUUCGGCAUGUUGAAUGUGGAGAACAUCGAGGACUACGACAACCUGAAGGACGCCGAUUUGCAGUACAUCAAGGUAGCCGACGAGUUUCUGAAGCGUAAGGCGUCAGCCCGUUCGUAUCACAAGGCUCUGGGUCUAUCUCUCCGAGACGGUUCGAAAGGAGCAAAGAUCCUCGACGCCGCCAAGCGAGUUUCCGACGACUUCCCCGAACUGACCAUGGUCAUCAUCAAGCUGCAUACCGAGAACUUCGGCCCCGCCGGCGACCACUGGCCACUCGCGCCCAACCCCGACGAUGUGGACUUGUCCGAGCACAACGCUCUGUCCCUGGCUGCGAUCAAAGACGACAUGGAGGAGCAGCUGGAGGCCAUCUCGAGCCAAGGCAAGUACGCGCUGCUGUCGUUUGCCAUGUUCGCGAGGACCUACCGCAUGAAGAAGACGUGGAACGGAGCGGCUGCCCGCGAGAUGUCAGAGAGCAGCCUCAACAUGGACUACUCGUCGGUGUGCAAAAUGAAAACUGAAAAGGACACAGAGGACACGGGCACCCUGUACGCUUCGGACGAGCACAAGAAGUUCCUCGCUCUCUUCGAUUCCGCAAGCACAUUCACAAAGAAGGCGAACAAGCGGCUGAGCAUGAUGCCCCGGAAUUUCACUGGCCUAGCAGUGUACAACGUUGAAAUGGACGACUACAAAGGUGCCUGCGGGAAAGGAAAGUUCGUCCGCCUCAAGGCCAUCAAGUCGGCGCUCGCUGCGUGACGCACUAAGCCGCAGCCAAUGGGCGUCCGUGCAAGCAGUGCACUGCGCCACCUGUCGGAAACCAGUGGAAACCAGCCUUGCGAGCAAUAAAGUCCUUUUCUUUAAGAA